CUAGUUUUUCAAGUUUCCCGACCAUCCGCCUAGCCUCGAUUUGGCCGGACAGCAGAGAACAUUUGGGAUUUCCAGAACAAAAGCAACGCGGACAGAGGAGCGGGUCAGGGAACACCACACAAACGCCUUGUUGUUGUGGUGCUGCUGAACCAAUUCUAACUUUCCGACCGACUACCUUUUUUUAGUUAUAUAUCGUUAGUUUGUGUACAUUGAGGCAAGAAAACAAAGGUAUUGGUCAGUUUUGAUUAAUUAUUAACUCCGAGGAUACAAAAUUAUUGUAUCGAGACACCGUUGUGUCCCCCCCCAAGGUUCGAGCAAGGGAAAUUAAAGCGACUGGGGGGGCAGACAGACCUUAUUGUCUUUUUUUUUUUUAUUGUUCCUCACAACUUCGGGCAGAGAAACGAGAGCAGAAAAAAAUAAGGGCAUCGAGGGGAAAGAGCGAGGAACAACAAUAACUGGAUGGUAAGAGGUGCUGCUCCAUCACUGCGGUAUCCCACUGGAGCAAGAGGGGCAGUCCAUUCCCCAGAGAUUUCUGUGGAAAACGCAAGAGGAUCAGACAACUCGGUCCCCUUUAAUAUCUCUUUUGGGGAUCAGAGGGCAGAGGUCUCGAGUCAAGAGGCAAGCAGGACAUCAUCUCGAAAGGGCAAGUUUUUCCAUGGCAAUACAGGACUUUCCGCGAAUGCUGUGACAUCACUGGCAUGAAAGGAGAAUUCAAAACAAAAAGAAAACACCCCGCAGUUUUUACAGGUGCUAGGCAUGGAAAUUUGCCUGUAAAGCUGUUGUAAUGCUGCAAAAAGUUGUUUUAAAAUGUUACACUAGUCACUUUGAGAUUUAUAUAGAAAAGUUGUCAAUUUAUGUAUAUGGUGGUUAUGUAAGUACUCUUUUUAAUUUGAAACCAAUGCAAACUUAACUUCUUGGAGCAUCACAGGUGUCAGUAUAGAGCAAAAUAUACCAUCUACCAAUAGUCUUCCUGUAAUACUUUUGCAACUUUGUCAUUUCCUUUAUAUAAUGCAAUGUGAUUGUGAUAUUACCAUUUAAAAAGCCAGAGUGUAAUUUUGUAACUCGCUUCUAAAUGCAGCACUAACGGUGCCUGUCUUAUCUGGUGCUCUAAUAACCUUUUAAUAUAUUUGUUUACAAGAGUACCAGUGUUCUUCAUAAGACCAGGCAGCAAUAAAUUUGAGAUUUACUCAUACUCAUUACCUCACAAGGGGCAUGUUUUCAUGGUUUAUUAACUCCACUGAAGAAAUGCUAGAACUUCAGCGCUGGUUUAAAACCCUGCUUACACAAGCAGUACUUUAGAUACACGCUAGCACUAUGUCUCGUGUAACAUCCCAUCACUUGACUCCUGUUAAAUAUUGUUUUAGCCUGUAUAGAGGCAAGGAUGUUUUUUAAAUUUAAAAAAAUUGUGUAAUCCAUCACAGCUGAAAAUUUAGUACAUAACUUGCAAAACUAUGUUGUCAUAGAUGGAAAAUUUCCAGUUUCUUGCAAAUGUGGCAAUAUUUUUAACAAAGCACAAGUUAAAGCAAAAAUCAUGUCAAGCUUUCGAGUGAGGAAGUAUGCUCAUUGUGAUAUAAAUGCACUUCUUGAGAGGAGUACUUCCAGCCAAAUGCUGGGCCGCUUGUGUGAACAACAUAUAGUCGCUAGGUCUCGUGACUAUUUCUGCCCUGGAGAUUUGGCAGCAUUGACGCUGCAGCCCUGGGAAGCUCCAGCUGAUCCUCCAUGACAGGGCAGGCCUGAGUCACCCUUCCUUCCUUAGGUCUGGAGCGGAACAGGGGAUGACAACACAGAUGGCGACGCGUGACCGUGACCGAACGGGCAUAGAGAUGGAGAGGCAGCCUUUCAGGGCUGGAGCAGCAAGGGACACAGAUGGGAAGAAGGGAUCCCAUCAAAACAAGAAUGGGAAGGCUGAACAUGCAGCACUGGACAGUGACAGUGAGGGGGGUGGGGCCGUCGUCAGCUUCAGCACCAAUCACAACUCAGUCGUGUGCCUGCCCCUGGUGUCUGAGGGGCUCAAGCUGGUGUGGACACAGUCUGACCAGACGAAAGAGCUCGAUGGCAUUCCAGAGCUGGUGCAAGCUUUCAACGUGUUCCCUUACCCAACCUCUCAGGAGGUGGCCUUCCUGGCACGUCGCUGUGCGCUGCCGCUGGACAAGGUGAAGGUGUGGUUUAUGGUGCAGCGCAUCAAGUAUGGCAUUAGCUGGGCCUCUGAGGAAAUUGAGGAGACCCGCUGCAAGUUGGCCGGGCCUGAACGGGCCAGCUUGGGAGAAGAGAACGAGCAGGUGGAGCAUUUAAAAGAGCAGGUAGAGAAUGGCCAGACGGAGCUCAGCGGGGAUAUAGAGGGUGACAGUCCCAAGGAAGAGGCUCAGCCUAUUUGUCUGCCUUCCCCACAUAAACGGACCAAGCAUGAGCCCGAGGAUGCUGUCAAACCCCCCAGCCUCCCUCAUUUCCGUUCCUCUCUGCCACCACCCCAGGAUUCAUACUACUACCGCUCUCCUGUGGACACCGCAGCACUGUCCCUGGGCUCCCCCGAAUCAUCUCCAGGUUCUCAACGUCGGCACGGUCGAUACAAGAAGUCCAAGGCCCAGUUAGCUGUCCUGCGCAGCAGCUUCCUGCGUGAAAACUGGCCUGCCGAGGCCGAACUCCGGCGGCUGCAGGAGGAGACGGGUUUGAGCCGCAACGAUAUCCGCAAGUGGUUCAGCGACAGCCGGUACCAGCUUCGAACUGGGAGGGCAGGACCCGGCAUGGCACAGGCGUUCGCUCCCACCCAAGUGGUAGAUGAACAGCCACAGCAGCUGCAGCCUCUUCCCCUUGUGGCCCACGGCCCCCGACACCAGUCGUUGGGGUCCCGGGGUGGGUCACGUGGGAAAGGUUCCCGCAGUAGCAGGGUACGCGACACCAGCUUCUUUCAGAAUUUCUUGUCCACCAGCCUGGAGGCCGUAGGGGAGAUGGGAGUGGCAAUGGAGGCAGAAGCAGAAGAGGAUGUGGCUGUGCAGGGCACAGUGGCGCAUCUGGUUGAAGAAGAGGAGAGUGACGAAGAGCAGCCUCUCGAUUUGAACAAUGGUCGCAGAGGAUUAGAGACUCAUCAGCUGCUUAUAGCUGCCCCGUCUUCGCCUUCACCUUCCCCAGCCAGCACAGCUGCAGCUUCUCCAGGCACCGCUGCCCUUCCCCACAAGCGCUCUAGUGCAGGUACCUCCUCGCAGAAGAGCACCCGUUCCAUCAAAUCCAGCCCCACACUUACGAGCUCCUCCCCCUCGAGUCAUCCUCCCUCAACCACCUCUACGUCGUCGUCGUCCUCCUCCUCCUCCUCCUCCUCCUCCUCCUCACCAGUUCUUACUGCUGCUGGUCGACCACGAAAAACAAAGGAGCAAUUAGAUGUUUUGAAGCAGCACUUCCUUCGCUGCCAGUGGCCCAAAAGCGAAGACUAUACCCGUCUGGUGGAGUUGACAGGUUUGCCCCGUGCUGAUGUCAUCCAGUGGUUUGGAGACACACGCUAUGCUGUGAAAAACGGCCAGCUGCGCUGGGUGCGAGGUGUACGUGACCAGUUUAUGGCUGAUCUUGCUCUUCAGCAGAAUGGCGGAGGUUCUAAUGGCACCUCCCGUGGGGGCGGCCGUAGGCGCAAGUUGGAAGAGAACAGUGGGAGGGCAUCACCGCCUAGCAGCAAUUCGGACUGUCAGGAGGUGGGCAGUGUGGGGAACUCGGGGGUGGAUCUGCGCCCACUGGAGAUGUACCGGCGCAACACAGGUGCGCUGCAGGAGAAAGACCUGGAUGCCCUUUGUCGAAAGUCACGGAUGAGCUACCAGCAGGUGCGAGACUGGUUUGCCUGUCAGGAAGGUGGAAUGUCUGAUGGUGAGGUCAAUGUCACUGACUAAGCAAGCAGUGAAAUGUGUUAAAUUGGGACAGUGUGCUGCAUUUUCUUUCGGUCAUCGUUUGGGGGAGGAGGAGGGUUGUACAUAAAUUUGCUAACAGGCCCAAUCCCAGCAGCAGAAAUUUCCAAGCCUUGUCCUCACACAGAGACAUGUGUCAAGCUGCAAGCUACUUGGAGCACGUGUGAGUUGGACCCAGUCUCGGAGGGUGCUGGGGGGUGCUGGUGGACAUUCCCAAACUCCCAGAUCCCCCAGGAUUGUGACUUGCACUGAAUUCCUGACUGCUGACAUGUCUGCUAAGAACCAGGUCUGGGGAGUACUGUUGGGGCAGCUAAGGAUGAGUAGCGGUCUGGCACACUGGUUUAACGAAUGAAUGUUGUUUUUCCCCUUCAAUACAUUUGUAUUUGUGUUCUUAGUUUUAAUGAGCCCAGUAACUUAGUAUGGCUUUAACUUCUUAAAUGUAGAGUUUGACAUUUGUCCUCCUUAGGUACUUUAGCAUAGGUCUUUAUAUGGCAAAUGUGAAGCUGAAAGUCUUAGUGCUGUGCUGGUUGUUACUUCACACAACAGGGAGGGACUGACUGACACUGUAUGUUCGCUAACACCUCAUGAGCAAUUGGACAUAUCUUUAGCUUGUAGCUUAGACUGUUGCACUUAAAUGUGGAGCCUAAUAUUUUGGAUGUCAUGUUUUGAGGUUCUUUUUUUCUGAACUUCAGUGCAGAUUGUUUUUUGCAACGUCUCAGGCUUUGUGGAGUACCAGCAAUGUUGCACUCCAGGUUUGAUCAACCUGCAUGUUACAGAUGAGCACACUUUCUCAAACCCUGCUAUGGCUUCAGACUUGGUGUAACCAAAUCUGGUGUCAAGUUGAAGGCUAUCGUGGUCACUGCAGAAUUUGGAUAUUUUGAAGCACCGUUCAUAUUUAUCCUUUCAAGCAGGUUGGAGACCAGCUUGAUAUUUGCUCUUUUUGCCUAAGUUAUGGCAGUAGGAAUGGGCAAAUAGAGGCACACAUCAGCGCUUUGAAAUGCGGGUUAUUUGAUUUACAGAUAUGUACUGUAUUCUCCACCCCGAUGUACAAUGAUAUUACAUUUGCUAAUACAUUGUAUCUUUAACAAACCAUAUGCAGCAAUGCAACCAUUUCAUAUCUCCUGCAUUUAAGAGUAAAAUUAGGGAGCUUGCAUGAAGUACCGUUACAGCUGAUGCAUCGUAUUUAUACGUUUAAUUUUGGAAUUACCAAACCAUGUAUGUUUACCAUGUUUAAGUAAGGGCUCAAAUGCAUUCUACUGAGUUGAUAUUUUACUUAAUUUAUUGUUUUGAACUUUUUUUAUGACCAUUGUAUAGAAGAGGCAUGUGAGUUACUAGCUUUAUAGAUUUAUUGUACAUUAACACUCUGCACCUAGACAGAUAGAAUAGCUAGAAUUUUUGAUACUGUAUAAUCAAUAAAAAUUGCAACCAGUGGCUUGUGCAUAUGGAUGACUGUACUGCCGUUAUGCCACAAACAGUGUUACACAAAGCACAAGUAGCACAACGCCCCUUACUUGUUAGACUUCUGGCCUUUGUCUUCUGCGCACUCUUGCCGUAACCAGUGUAUUACCAGUGUUUUUUCUGUGUUCCAGCUUUAGGCUGCAGGCAAAAAGAACCACACAAGUGCAAACUUUUCCAGAUUUUUCUUGGCGCACCAUUUUGUAAAACGUAUUCGGUUACAGUGUGCGAGAGAGAGAACCUGCAGGGUCCAUGGAGUGUGUUCCACUUAGUAAAACCUGACACUGCUGAGGUUUCUGCAAAACUCCCUUAUGUAUAAAAAGUAAAAUCCCUUUUGUAGUGAACUGGACUUUUGUACCUUCCUAAUAAAUGCAACAGACUACA